CAAAAGGAUGAUCUCAGAACAAAAAUGAAAGCAACUCAAUUGUGUAAAUAAAGCCCUUUUGCUUUCGCCCGAACUCAGAGCCAUGCCAGAGGGAAGAAGCUGCCAGUCCUCCUCCGUAACAGCAAAGAUGGGCAUCGCUUCUCUCCCUUGGAGUCCAGAAACUGGCGCCUGACUCGGCGCGCAGGUGGCUUCCUCAGAGGUGGGACUCAGUUUGUAAAACCUCUUCCAACAAAAGUCCUGACUUGGAGCGGUUGGUGGUACUGCGAUAAUAUUUCAACACUGAAAAGAUGGCAUUCCUUCAUUUCCUAACUCUGUGCUUCCUUAUACUGAUGACUUCCUUAGGUGAUAUUCAAAGUGAGAAACUGAUGGGAGAUAAAUGUGUGUAUGAGGAAGACACCGCGACUGAUGAUUUCAGAUGUAAAGCAGGAAAGCAGAAAGCAGAGACGAUGCAACUUAAGCACUGUCCAGAUGUGACAGGACCUGAUAUGGUCCGUUUCCAAUGUAAAGUAGUCGUUAUUUCAGAACAUGGAAAAAACAUUAGCAUUGAAUGGAAGAAUGACAAUGAUAUUAAAGAAGUGACAUUGCAAUCCUGCUUUGCCAAUGGAAGCAAUUGUUCUGUAACAACUCACAUCAAUAUACGUUCUGGAGAAACUGCUGUUGUCAAUGGAAGAAUUUCACUGAAUAUUAUUCAUAAUUCUUUCACACUGAAUAUCAACGAAGUACAAAUAGCUGACCAAAAAGAAUAUAUGGGCCGUCUUUAUUUUGAGAAGGGAGAAGGAAUAAUGGUAAUAGAUUUAAAAGUUGUCGCACUAUAUCCUGACCUUCCCAUCGCCAUGCAGAAUGGCACUGUUGGAUGUACAACAUCUGGAGGGCAUCUGUCAAGCCAGGUCCAGGAAACCAGCGAGACUCCCAAAUCAAAACAUGUUUCUGUGAAAAAUGAGAGUGGCUCCUUUAACAUCAGUACUCUCCAGUACCUUGCCAGUGAUUUGAUAUACUGCUGCACUCUCAACAACACAAUAAGCUCUGAUACAGUUCGCAUUGCAUCUGAAAAUACCACAUCUCUAAAGAUGAUAUCAGACAAUAUCAUGAAGAACAGCUCCAUUGGGAUUGUGAUGAUCAUCUUGGUUUUGGCUGCUGUUAUUGCAGUGGUUUUGUACCGGAGAAAGAAGACAGGUGUCUGGCAAAGCUGUCCAAUUGCUUAUAUCAAAGUUGCAUUUACCCAGGAUCUUUCCCAAUUGCAGAGAACAAAUUCCACAGAUGAUGAUGUGUGACAAAGUCAGAUAUCCUGCCUGAUCCAAUAUUACACAGUGCUUGGAUUAAGAUAUUAACAUGGAAAGCUGCAAUUGAAAUGGAUGUGAAGUCAAAGAGUUUUGUUUAUAUGACCUGCUGAGCCAACCCACCUCAUUGCUAAUGCCUUUUCUUAUCCAUUCAGAACGAUUUGCACUUUGACUGAAAAAGGAGCCUGCUUACCCAUUUCAGUAAAAAGCAUAUUUCUGCAGGCUUUUGGACAGGAUUCAAAACCCAUUUUUCUCAGACAGUUCCUUUUUACAGCAACUGUGAAUAUAAUCAUAAUGUAGCGACCGGCUAAUGUGGUGAUUCAGAGUUGGAUCUCCUGGGCCCCCUGGGGCAAAUCAGUUCUUUGUGAACAUAUGCAUCCAUCUGGAAAAUAGGGACAAUUGUAACCUAGGUGUAAAUAACAGUAAUAUUCACAUUUAAUGAUGAACUGUGAUUGUUAACUAGGAGAAACAAAAAUCUUCAAAUGAAAACACCUGGCCAGCAGAAGAAUAAGAAGACAUUGUGAGCUAUUUUGGAAGAGCUAGCACCAGCUUACUUCACCAGUUUCUGGAAAACGAGUGUUAUCAAAGCAGCAACGAGCUCACCUGUCCUGAACUAUUCUAAUUUGCCCAGAUUCUCUUAACAACAACUUGAAGUUUGACUUGCCUUCUUUCCUGCAUUUGUUAGCUCUCUCUUUUUGUUUUAUUUGAACAGGAAAAAUGUGCAUUUCAACUAGGAAAAAUGAGCACUUGUUUUUUUAAAAAAGUGUGCUGAAAAUGCAUACUUUCCUCCCAUAGAUUCAAGCAUUAAAAUGCAAAUUCUUUAAAAAACAUAUAUGCAUUUCCCCCCAGCAUGAAUGCAAGCUUAGGAAUUUGCAAACUUUUUAGGAGGGCUUGAUCUUCUGCUCAUGUCUGCACUGCAGACUGCAAACAGGAUAUGUUUGCAUGAUUUGUGAACAUUAAUGAAAUUCUUGUAUAGCCCUAGUUAUACAGUAGCUAGGGCUGUGCACGGACCCCCCACUGGAUUAGGUUCAGAUCCCAUUUCGGAAAGUCGAAUCAGGCACAAUUCAUUUUGGGCCAAUUUGGACCUGUUUCAAUUCACUUUGGAUCUGAAUUGCGAUUCAGAUUUCCGAAUUAUUCGGAUUUUUCAUUUUCUCAUAGGCUUGCAUUGGAAAAAGAAAUGCCUAUAACUUUCAAUUUUCAUGAUACAAAAAUGAAAUUUGGAGACCUUAGAGACACUGUGGAGGCGCUCCUGUCUGCCAAAUUUCAGACAGAUUGGUGAAGUGGAAUCCAUGCAAUCAACUGGUAAAACUUGCUUUUUUCAGGGAAACUACUUAAAGCAAAGUGCUAUAACUUUUUCAUUUUUCGUGAUACAAACAUGAAAUCUGGAUACCUUAGAGACACUGUAGAGGUGCUCAUGUCUGCUAAACUCCAGACAAAUUGGAUCCAUGUAAUCCACUGGUGAAAUUUGCUUUAUUCAGGGAAACCACUCAAAGCAAAGUGCUAUAACUUUUUCAUGUUUCAUGAUACAAACAUGAAAUAUAGGGACCUUACAGCCACUGUGGGGGUGCUCAUGUCUGCCAAAUUCCAGACAGAUUGGUGCAGUAGUAUUUGUGUAACUGACUGGUAAAAUUUGCUUUUUUCAGGGAAAAAUGGAGGAAGACUAACAACUAGAAGAUUUUUUUAAAUAUAAUUUUUAUAUUCUUUUAAAAGGACAAGCAGAAAGAGAAAUAGAGGCAAGAGAUAACAGUGAGAGAAGGGGGAAGUCUCAAGAAAGAUCAAAGUACUAACGCCCAAAAGCACAACAAGCCUAAGCUAGCUAGCCCCAAACAUCCUACUCCAACAGGUCUAACCCACAAUGAACAAGGACAAAGGCAGCUCGAUCUCCUGAUAGUCCUUAAGCCCUCCACCACCAUUGUGGAGGCUGCUGGAGAGAAUUGGGAGUCCUCAGGAGGACUGCGAGAUGAAGCAAACACAUUUUCCCCUCUAAACUCCUCCUCCACCCUCUCUAACAACAAUAAAAAAAAUGUUGCAAGUACAGACAAGCUGUCUGUGCUUGAAAAAAGGUCCAAACCAAUCCAAAUUGAUUUGGACUGUGCCAAUUCAUUUUGGACCAAUUCAGAUCUAUUUCAAUUCGCUUCGGAUCUGUUUCAACGCCCUCUGAAUCACUCGGAUUUGGGAUUUUGAUCCGAGGCGAUGCACUGCCCUAAUAGUAGCCACACUAACUGCCACUGUUGAGCACGUUUGGUCUCAGUCCCACUGAGACUGCUGUCAUAUACAACCCCUUGAACGUAGUGGAGCUUUCAUCUUAAUAUGCCAGGCUGCAUAAACAGACUAUACCUUAGUUUUUCUGUGUGAUUUAAAACUAGGGAUUCACAAAACCUGGGCUCAGAUAAUGAGAUUUAGGAACUGAGUUUCUGCAUCCAGUCUUUAUGGCAAGGAUGAGUAAUGUGUGGUCUUCCAGAUGUUUUGGCCUACAGCUCCCGUUGCUUGUAGCAGAUUUUGCUCUGACUUUGUACUGUUAGUUUUACCCUACCCUGUGCCUGUUUGGUGCAUUCUCUUCCCCUCCUUAUUGUUUUAUUAUGAUUUUAUUAGAAUGUAAGCCUAUG